CUCAUCUACCUCCAUCCACCACUUAAUAAAAUCAAUGACUUUUAUCAUGAACUGAACAAACUAGAGCCACUCAUCUCCCUUCCCCUCCUUAUCCGAUCUCGCUGCAGACUCCAGAAAAAACCCGUCCACUCAUCUCCCUUCCCCGCAUUCUCUCCAUUCCCAUGGCCCUCUCAUCCGAAUCUGUUGUUGGCGGCCAUGUAUCUGAGAACGAAUUAAUUUUCAUUGAAAGCGACGAUGAUGGUGUGGACGAUUCAAAGGAGACUGAAAUCAUCUAUUACCAUGAAGAGGAAGACGUCAUAAUCAUUGAUGGGACUAAGAAGACGCAGUUGAUGCUAGACGACGGCAAGAGGUAUGACAUACUCGCAAUGGAGACUUCUCCGGGGAUCUACAAACCUUGGGAUCCGAAGACAGAUGUGAUGAAGUUCAUGCAACCCACUUCAGAUGUGAACUCUUCGAUUUCAGAGAUCAAUUCUAGGGCACAUCUUUUCCAACAUGGUAUUGAUGAAUCAUAUACAUGUUGGAUAUGGCACGGAGAGCUAAAUCCAGAUGAUGAACCCCCUCACCCACACAAUAAACGUGUUCAUGACUCAUUUGACGAUGGAACAGAAGAAAACAGCGAAGAAGAUGGUGAGGACAGGUCUUUUGAAUACUCUGAUUUCAUGAACCAUGUCCAAGGGGAUUCUGAACCCCUUUACCCGGGAUGCAAGACCUACACUAAGCUGAAGGCACUAGUGAAAUUAUAUAACUUGAAGGCAAAGCAUGGGAUUUCUGAUUCAUGCUUCUCUGAAAUUCUGCUUUUGCUGGGGACAUUUCUCCCCAAGGGCAACUGCCUGCCUUCGUCAUUUAGUGAAGCAAAGAAGACCUUAUGUGCUUUAGUAGGAUUGCCAAAACGUUUCCAGGGUGCACAAUCUAGACCCCUAUCUGGUGCAACGAUGAUCACACCGACCAAUAAUGACUUGCACCUAGCACAUUUGUGUUUCCUCGAAAACUGUGAUGAUGUCCAACCAUACUUUAUUGAACAUAUGGGUGCUUUGGUGAAAACGUAUCCACAACAAGGGCCUAACAAGGAUGUGCCCACUUUCAGUGGGUAUAAAAUCAAUGGUGUGACCUACAGCACCAAAGAACGUGAUGAUAUGCGUCAAGUUCAGUGUAGUGGUGUUUAUGUAGAAGCUCAAACAAUGCUCGUAGUUGUUCAUGUUGAUAUGCUAGCAGUGCUUGUCCUCCUGUAUAUUGAUGUUGCUGUGUCUUAAGUUGUGUCCUCCUGAUGGAUACGUUGGGCCAUAGGUUUUUUGCUUUUUGGGUAUAACAAUAAUGCUGUUCACUUGGUGGCUUUUCCCAAGAAUGGAUGAUUGAAGGAUGAACCUGCUUCAAGGAUAUUAACGGAAUGCUUGAAGGAUGAAGCUUGAGGGAUAUCCAUGUUGAUCAUGUUUUGGAGGCAUCGUCAUGAAAAAUUGCAGCACCAAAGCAGUUUCUUGAGCAAAAAAGUUCUUCUCUGGUU